UGUACUUGACAAACGCCAGCCGUUUACAUAUUUUAUUUAGAAUAAAAGUCAUAAGAUAGAGGUAUAUUAAAGGCAAUAAUAUCUAUUUAAUGACGAAAAAUUCUAAUAAUUCAUACGACUAUGGUACCAAACAAAAAAAUUCGAUUAAUGAAACAAAAAAUGACGCCAUCGAUUUGGAUGAUUUACUACCAAAAAUUGGUGAAUUCGGGUUAUACCAGAAAUUGCUACUUUGGUUGGUUUGUUUACCAGCGUGCCUACCUUGUGGAUUCUGUGCAUUUAAUCAGCUAUUUAUGACUGAUGUACCUGAUCACUGGUGUUUGGUUCCUGCCCUACAAAACCUGACCAUAAAAGACCGCAAAUUAUUAUCUAUACCACAUAAGGUUGAUAAUAAUAACAGUUAUGAAAAAUGUGUUCGUUAUUCAGUCAAUUGGUCUACAUUUAUUAACACGGAUCAACCACUUCAAGCAAACACCAACUGGCCCCGUGAGCCUUGUUUAGAUGGAUAUGAAUACGAUACUUCUGAAGUGACAUCAUCUGUUGUAAUUGAUUUUAAUUUGGUUUGUGAGUACGAUGUUUAUCCUACUCUUGGAUUAGUUGCUUUAAACGUUGGAGGACCUAUAGGCGUUUAUGCUUUUGGCCUUUUAAAUGAUAGGAUAGGCCGUAAAAAGUCUUUCUUUGUCUGUCUUACCACAUUAGAAAUCGGAAGUAUAUUGACAGCAUUUGCAAAUAAAUACUGGAUUUGGGUAUUAGCAAGAAUAAUUGUUGGCUUAACCAUUCCUGCUAUUUACCAAAUACCAUUCAUAAUUUCUCUCGAACUUGCCGGGCCUAAUUACAGGUCAUUCGUUACCGUUAUGACAUGUGUGUUUUAUACACUUGGGUUAAUAUUAUUAUCAGGUAUAUCAUAUUUACUAAGAGACUGGAGAUCUCUGGCGCUAGCAACAUCCGUACCAUUUUUAUUUUAUUACCUAUACUGGUUCGUAUUGCCAGAGUCCCCUCGAUGGUUACUGAUGAAAGAACGACUAGAAGAGGCGAACAGUGUUCUAAACAAUAUAGCCAAAGUAAAUGAAAAAGUAUUACCUGAAGAAUUUACAACCAAAUUGCAAAAAUUAGUUCUGGAACAGAAAGAAAAAGGAUUUAAAGAAACUAAGAAUAUCAGCGUGUUCGCAUUGUGUAGAACUCCGAAUAUGAGACUUAAAACUUGUUUGAUUACCCUUAAUUGGUGCGCCUCGGAAAUGGUGUAUGUAGGACUGAGCUACUAUGGUCCUGCCAUGGGUAAUAACCAAUACAUGAGUUUUUUUUUAUCAUCCGCCGUAGAAAUACCAAGCUACAUUGUAUGUUGGGUACUUAUGGAUCGAGUAGGACGACGCUGGCCUCUCUGCUUAUCCAUGAUUUUAAGUGGAAUAUUUUGCAUUGUCACAGUAUUAUUACCUCAAGAUGCUCUGAUGGAAACCCUCAUUUUGUAUUUGAUAUCUAAAUGUUUUAUAUCAGCCUCUUUUCUAAUAAUUUAUCCUUACGCUGGAGAGUUAUACCCAACGGAGUUGAGAGGCAUUGGAAUUGGAACAUCUGCAUAUAUAGGUGGCCUAGGCUUGAUAAUAAUACCAUUUAUAAAUUAUUUGGGCGCAAGUAAUUUGGUGUUGCCUCUAGUAGUGAUGGGGAUCGUAUCCGUAAUAGGUGGAUUAACUGCUCUCCGGCUACCGGAAACUCUCCACUGUCCUUUACCACAAAGUGCCGAAGAAGGCGAAGAAUUCGGCAAAAAUUGGACUUACAAAGAUUGUUUAGUGUGUGGCAAGAACAGACAAAUGUCGAAUAUUGAAUCAUAUGAAAAUAUAGACUUAGAAUUAAUGCAAGCACCGCUUGUCGAAGAUGAAGCAUCUAAUAUAUCAACUAUAAGACGUCAUUCCAUGCGCAAACUGGUACGGCAAGUCAGCACUCUAGAGACUCAACGAGAUCUUGAUGGGAACAUAAAAAUGACAUACUGGUUUUAAAAUUAUCAAGUUAAUCUAGUACUGAACUUGAUAGGUACUAGUUAUUGAACACCAAACCUAAUUAGUACUUAAUGAAACUUUGCAGGUAUAAUUCGAAAAGUAUAUGAGUACUUUAUUUAUCAAAAUAUUAUAACAAAACCUUUAAAAAUUAUAGUUAAGAGAUGACGAAAAGUUAUUAAAGUGAAAUCUAUACUUAUAAUAAAUGUGUAGAGAGGUCAAUUCUGUACAUGAAAUAUAUUUCCAAAAUAACUAUCAGGGGUGAUUAGUGAUCGAUACUGAUGGCAAAAAUGCAAUCAGUAAAAUUUUUGUCUGUCUGUGUGUAUGUUUGUUAUAGAAACAAAAACUACUCGACGGAUUUUAACGAAACUUCGUACAAUUAUUCUUCAUACUCCUGGGCAGGUUAUAGUAUACUUUUCAUCACGCUACGAUUAAUAAAAGCAGAGCAGUAAAAGGAAAUGUUAAAAAUGUACACUCGUGCGACGCCGGGACGGGCCGCUAGUACCUAAUAAAUACAUAUAUGCUUUAUGGCAAAAUCAUAUUGUGGCUAGUUGAAUAUUUAAACUUAAUUCUAACAUUAUAAAUAUAAUUUACUAAAUAUCAUCAUAUUAUCCUUUAACUGUCCACUGCUGGACAUAAGCCUCCACCUUGGAUGCUUUGGCAGUAGUUGCCACGUUUGGCAAUCGGAUUGGCAAGCGCAGUUAGACUUUAGAGAUGUUUUAAGAGGGACGCUGCUGCCCAUCCCUAGCCCUCCCUUAAUCGCCUCUUACAAUACCUGCAGGAAAGGAAGAGGUGGCUUAUUCUAUGCCAAGACCACACGACAAGAAUAUACCACAUAUAUUUGUGUAUUAAAUAUAGCUACAGCCCAGUGGCGGAUUAACAGUCUUGGCCGCCCUAGGCACCAGGUCAUGUAGUAAGUAGCAGCCACUCUUUCUCAGCACCCGUCAUAUUGAGUACAUAAU